AUGCCGCCGAAAAGGAAUCUCCAGAACCAGAGGGAUGAACAGACAGAGGCGUUGCGCGACGUGUUGGCCGAUUUCCAAAGGGACUUACGAGACACAUUGACAAACACCGCUGCAGUUCAGCCUCCGCUUCAGAGACAAGUCGACGAGGAGGACGAGGAUGACUUUGAUGAGAAUCCGUUUGCCGGUCAGCAGGGUCGCCCUGUCCAGCAACACCAACGACAGGCUAUUGGGGACCCUCGGAAUGACAACCACCACUGGGAAUCGGGCCUUAAACUCGAUCUUCCAGACUUUCAUGGGAGUCUAGCACCUGAGGAGUUACUCGAUUGGAUCAGUAACGUGGAGGAGAUCUUGGAGUUCAAACAGGUGCCGAGCAACAUGCAGGUACCAUUAGUUCUGACGCAUUUUCGAGGACGUGCGUCAGCUUGGUGGCAGCAAAUCAAGGAGCAGAGAGCUCGCGCGGGCAAAGAUCGUAUUGCGUCCUGGGAUAAGCUCAAGCGUCUUCUCCGCAAAUCUUUCCUGCCUUACAACUUUGCUCGCACAAUGUAUACUCGACUUCAGAAUCUUCACCAAGGUACGAGAUCAGUUGAUGAGUACGCGGCGGAUUUCUUCACGCUACUAGCUCGCAACAAUGUUAAUGAGACGGAGGAACAGAUGGUUUCGCGGUUCAUGGGAGGGUUAAAACAACAACUCCAGCUUCAAUUGUUACAAUUUAACCCAUCUUCCGUGUCAGAGGCUCAUCAGCGUGCGCUCUUAAUUGAACAGAGCUCCCGUGGUUCAUCUGCUUCGUGGUCGUCAGCUCGUACGCGCUCAAGUGGGGAAACGAGUGGUGGGGCGAACACUGAAACUGGGACAUCAACAACGGAAGCCCAGCGUAUCCAAGAGCUGAGUGGAAACGUGGCCUCACGUUUCCCCCGACCUGCUUCGUCAAAAUGCUUCAAUUGUGGCGAAGUUGGACAUCGUCAAGCAAACUGCAUGAAACGGGUUUUCUACAGCAAUGAUGAAGUGCUCUACGAUGGUGAUGAUACUGACCCCCAGGAUAAGACUGAGGUUGAUGACAAAGUGGCAGGCGACCAAGGUCUGCUCUUAGUGAUUCGACGCAACUUUCUUCUGCCUCAAGGAAUCGAAGAAUCUUGGUUGCGCACCAACAUUUUUCGCUCAACGUGUACUAUCCGUGGCAAGGUGUGUCGCAUGAUCGUCGACUCAGGUAGCCUCACCAACGUUAUCUCUGAAGAUGCGGCAGCUAAACUGGCUCUUUUUACGGAACCACAUCCAGCACCGUAUAAACUCGUAUGGAUUAACACAAUGAGGGAGUUGCGCAUUACACGGAGAUGUCGCGUUCCUUUCUCAAUUGGGACCAACUACAGAGACUUGAUUUAUUGUAAUGUGAUUCCCAUGGACGCCUGUCACCUCCUCUUGGGUCGUCCAUGGCAGUUCGAUCGGCACACCACUCAUGAUGGCUUUCACAACACGUAUAGCUUUUGCUUUGAGGGGAAACGCAUUACUCUGCUACCAGCUCAGGAAACAGCAGAGAGUGCAGCUCCUUCCUCUAGUCCGCCAGUGCCUCCGCAGACUAAUGACCAUCCUAAACUCGUGCUUCUAGUCGAUCGCACUCAGUUCUUGGCAGAAUGUGUUGCGAGCGAUAUGGGUAUUGUUCUGGUUAUCAAACCGUCGUCUUCGGCAGUGCCUACUGACGUCCCAUCGGAUUUUCAGCAGCUCGUCGAGGAUUUUGGAGAUGUUUUCCCCGAUGAGCUUCCUUCCGGUUUGCCACCUCUUCGAGACAUUCAGCACUGCAUCGAUUUGGUUCCCAAUGCAGUACUUCUGAACCGUCCUCAUUAUCGAAUGUCACCACAGGAACAUGAUGAGUUGCGUCGACAAGUGGAAGACUUUGUUGCAAAAGGCCAUUUGCGUGAGAGUUUAAGCCCUUGUGCUGUACCAGCUCUGCUCAUCCCCAAGAAAGACGGUACCGGGCGUAUGUGCAUGAUUAACAAAAUUACAGUGAGAUAUCGGUUCCCUAUUCCCCGCUUGGAUGAUCUCCUCGAUCAGAUUGGUGCUGCAUCCAUCUUCACCAAGCUGGAUCUUAAAAAUGGGUAUCAUCAGAUCCGUAUUCGACUUGGCGAUGAAUGGAAGACAGCAUUUAAAACGCAUGAGGGUUUAUUUGAGUGGUUGGUGAUGCCGUUUGGCCUCUCUAAUGCGCCCAGCACCUUCAUGCGUGUCAUGAACCAAGCUUUGAGACCAUUUAUUGGACGUUUCGUUGUCGUAUAUUUUGAUGAUAUACUGAUCUUUAGUUCGUCUCUUUCAGAUCAUUUGCACCACCUGCGUGAUGUUUUGUUGGUCUUGCGGCAAGAGAAGCUCUUUGGUGCCGCAAAGAAGUGUUCUUUUGGUGUGGCACAGGUCUUGUUUCUCGGCUACAUUGUUUCUAAAACCGGUUUGCGUGUUGAUCCGGCUAAGGUAGAAGCAAUCCGCUCGUGGCCUCAACCGCAUACAGUGACCGAGGUUCGCAGUUUUCAUGGGCUCGCAUCCUUUUACUGA